AUGGCCAGUGAAAUAUCCUACCGCGUCACCCAGCUAUUCAGGGAGAUCACCUCCGAUUUGUACUCCAAUUCUCCUACCCCGGCCGGUCCUCAUGGGAGUCGUCGCACAGGAGCUUUCAUCUUUCUGCCCGACUUAGUUAGGCAAAUCAAGUUGCUGAUUUUAGUAUAUUUCAUCUGCGUUGAUUCCUAUGGCGCCGGAAUAGAAUCCACCGAUGCUCCACGGCUCUCCCUCCACCGGCGCUCCACGACUUCCCUCUUGUAA